CCGGAACUAUGUGAUCCCGGAAGUUCCGGGGCCUUUGCUGUGUGGGAUAAACAGUAAUGGCGGAGGCUGCGGCUCCCGGGACAACCGCCACAACCUCAGGAGCAGGAGCGGCGGCGGCGGCGGCGGCGGCGGCAGCGGCAGGAGCCUCCCCCACCCCGAUCCCCACAGUCACCGCCCCGUCCCUGGGGGCAGGCGGAGGGGGCGGCGGCAGCUACGGCAGCGGCGGCGGCUGGACUAAACAGGUCACUUGCAGGUAUUUUAUGCAUGGGGUUUGUAAGGAAGGAGACAACUGUCGCUACUCGCAUGACCUCUCUGACAGUCCGUAUAGUGUAGUGUGCAAGUGUUUUCAGCGAGGGUACUGUAUUUAUGGAGACCGCUGCAGCUUCCAGGACAUUACAUGUGCACCGGCGUGGGAUCCUGGAACUGGCAGGAACUGUGGGUUGUGUUGGUCCCCGAACCCCCAUCGCCUAUAUGAAAUAUGGUUGCUUUUGUGGCUUGGGAGGUCAUGGCCAGCCCCGCAAUGCCAUUGACUGCCAGAGGUGGUCAUGUAAUCCAGUUCCAGCCAAGGAGACAUGACCAGAAGUCUGCAAUGUGGACAGAAGAGCCUCUGAAGAAGGCUUGGACUUUCCGGAAUAGAAAGGAACCCAUGAGGCUGGUGCGACCCUUCCCUCUUCCUACCUUGAACCCAGAUAUAUUGGCUAGGGCUGUAGCAGCCAUUUAGGGGCCUUGAGGAAAAGACAAUGAAAACAGCAGAGAUGUCAGUCCUAACAACCCUGCAUCACUAAUCCAGCAACUCCAAGAGGUACUGGAAUUCCUGACAUGUAAAAAAUAAACAAAUAAAUACCUUUCUGCUUAGGCUGCUGCAGUAGGGCUGUUUCUUGAAGCCAAAUGCAAUCCUAACAGAUACAAGGUAAGAGAUAGAUGUCAAAAUCCUGAAGACUAGACUCAAAUGACUAAGGGGCAAAACAGCUGGGGAAAGGGCAGGCUUUGAGUCAACCUGCUGGGUUUGAAUACUGUGUCCACCCCUUGCUAGUGAUAUGAUCCUGGGCAUGUUUAACUGUGUCGCAGAUUCCCCAUUUUAAAUAAAAAGUCGGCCGGGCGCGUUGGCUCACACUUGUAAUCCCAGCACUUUGGGAGGCCGAGGCAGGCGGAUCACGAGGUCAGGAGAUAGAGACCACGGUGAAACCCCGUCUCUACUAAAAAUACAAAAAAUUAGCCGGGCGUGGUGGCGGGCGCCUGUAGUCCCAGCUACUCGGAGAGGCUGAGGCAGGAGAAUGGCGUGAGCCUCGGAGGCGGAGCUUGCAGUGAGCCAAGAUUGCGCCACUGCACUCUAGCCUGGGCGACAGAGCGAGACUCCAUCUCAAAAAUAAAAUAAAAUAAAAUAAAAAUAAAAAAUAAAAUAAAGUAAAAUAAAAAGUCAUUACAGCAACCACCUAGCAUGACUGUGGGCCUGAAACAAGGUAUGUGCGGAGAGGGCUGGGCAUACCACACAACACAGAGUAACCUCGAUGCACGUUAUUUUAUUUAUAAAAUCAACUCUUGGAGGUUCCCUCUCUCAGCUUUGGAGCCCCCCCACCCUCUGUCUCUGUACAGAGGAUCUUCUUCCUUCUCCUUUCCUUCUUGCCUAUUAAACUCUCCACUCCUUAAAACCA